AUGUCCUUGCUUCUAGAUCAUGAUGUACGCCUAUCACAUAUCGGCGGCAAACAGGGCCGAGUCGAGGUCCUGAAUAACGGUCAAUGGGGCACUGUCUGCAGGGAUGGUUGGGGCUUCUUUGACGCCUUGGUGGUGUGCAAGCAACUCGGAUUCCCAUGGCUUGCCGUGAACGGAUUUAAGCAUGAUGCAGGCAACGGGACGGGACCGGUUUGGCUGAGUAACGUAAGGUGUAAUGGGUCGGAGACCAGACUGGACGAGUGCGCAAACGACGGAUGGAUGGAGCACCAGUGUGCGGAUGCCAGUCAUUCCGCUGCAGUGAAGUGCUUGGACCAGGACGAAUGGAAAGAUAAUUUGUCUGGAAUAUAUCUUGUCGAUGGAGCCAGCGGAUACGAGGGACGGGUGAUGGUGAACCUGCAUACCGACGACUGGCGUCAUCGGUUCCAGAUAUGCGAUCAGGGCUGGGAUCUGGCUGACGCUAACGCCAUCUGCCGCAUGAAACGCCUACCGUCAGCACUACGGGCUACCACCAGCUCCUACUUCGGGAACUACGACCCGAAUACAAAUACGUAUAUGUAUAUUUCAAAUGUAUCUUAUCUGGCCACCGAUUUUGCUUGCACUGGUAAUGAGAGCCACAUCGCUCAGUGUCCCGCCAAGGCUUGGUUCCAGGAUGAAUGUCCGACUGGACGCACUGCUGGAGUGAUAUGCAAUAGGAUUGAAGAGUCCGAAGAAUUCCAGCUGAGACUCGUGGGUGGCUCGACCCCGAACGAGGGCCGAGUGGAGGUAUUUACCAACGGAACCUGGGGGAGUAUUUGUUUGGAUGGUUUGUGGAGCAUCGGGUACCAGGAGAGUAACGUGAUUUGCCGGCAGCUGGGGUUUGGCUACGGCCUGGAGACACCGACGGACGACCGGUUCGGUCGCACCGACGGCCCGGUGGCCAUAAGCGGUAACAUCAAAUGCUCUGGGAGUGAAUCCUCCUUCGCUCAAUGUCACAUCCCCACGUUAAUGUAUGAAUUGUUUCCGCGUGACGAAGAAUGCUUCAACAAGGAGGACAGUUACCAAGCUGGUGUCAUUUGCAGUGGACCAGUUCCUGAGUCACGAAGUCCCGUGAGGACCAGCUAUAAUGGGAGUGGCAACGUCUUAAUCCACCACGAUGGACGUUGGGGGACAAUCUGCAAGGCUGGCUGGACCCUGGCCAACGCACAAGUGGUCUGCAGGGAGCUGGGAUUUCGAGCCCCAAAAGAAGCUUUGGAUGGUCGUUGGCGACGGCCUGGAGACGGACCCAUAUUCCUGAGCGGUGUGUCUUGUAAGGGAGACGAGGAUACCUUGGACCAGUGUGAUCUGGGAGAAUGGUACCAACACGACUGCACCCACUCAAUGGACGUGUAUGUAAUCUGCGCUGCCGGUAUGUCCUUUUCAACACCUUUUGAACUGUCUUUUUUUCAUACACCGUUUUACGGAUACCGCAAAAGAAGUACAAUAAUGUAG